AUGUCAGCGCCCACGACUUCGCUAGAGGCUAAGCUGGUCGUGCUCGGUUCUCAAAAUGUGGGCAAGACCUCGCUGGUCCACCGUUUUGUCCACUCGACCUUUCUCCCUCCCAGCACUCCCUCGACCGUUGGCGCUUCCUUUUUGACCACCCGCGUCCACGAUCCCGAAACCGACACGGACAUACGCCUCCAGAUCUGGGAUACCGCCGGCCAGGAACGCUUCCGCAGCAUCAGCAAGCUAUACUAUCGCGGUGCACAUGCCGCCGUGCUAUGCUAUGAUAUCACGAGCAGGAAGAGCUUCGACGAGAUGGGCGUAUGGCUGCGGGAGCUGAGGGACAAGGCUGGCUGGGGUGACACUGAGGACUUGAUCGUCCAUGUUGUCGGCACCAAGAGUGAUGUCGUCGCCGAAGACCCGUCCAAACGUGAAGUGCCCUUUGAGCGCUGCAUCGGCUAUGUCGCAGAGCAGCUCUACCCAGAUCAAGUCGUCGCUGGUAGCGCUCGUCCUUCAAGCGCCAUGCACAGCUCGCCUCCUAGCAACAACAACCUUGCCGCCAUGGCCUCACCACACAGCAACCGCAGCAGUGGCUUCUGGGGUCAAGAGCACAUAUGGGACUGCUGCCACGAGAUCAGCGCAAAAGAUGGCGAGGGCAUAGAAGAAAUGUUCCGCGUCAUCACCCGCAAGCUCGUCGACCAGCACCAGCGCAGACUUGACCAACAGCGCACCAUCGCAGCGACCAUGGGACGCACUCCUUUCACUGAGGGCGGCCCAAGCUACUUCGACCUCCCAAAUGGUGGCACAGGCAGCUUCCGCGUUGGACAUGGCGACAAGCGACGCAGCUGGCUAGGCUUUCCCAAUACGCCCGGUGCAGUCAGCUAUGCAUCCGAGGCUGGCGAGAGUGAGGAUAAUACUAACGUCAGAAAGGGACGAUGCUGUUGA